ACACACUCUCUCUCCCUCUAUCUCUCCCUCCCUCUCACAUACUCAAACACAGGCCAUAUGACUGAGUCAAGCACAGUUUUUAGUUUGGAGCUGAGUUGAGAUAAGGCUUUCUGGGAGACGUAGCCCGGUUGGACAGCAUUCCAUUUAGAAAUAACCAUGUGGGCUCUACUGCUGGAACUUUGUUUCACACUCUAAGAAACUUGGAUAGUCAGGUCUGUGAGGUGUCCCUGAUGGCCAUGUCUGCCCCUCGGUCGUCUGUGUUUACAUUUGAGUCUACAGUACAUUCCUCCCAUGUGCUGCACUGGCUGGAUGAGCAGCGCCGCCGGGACACGUUGUGUGAUAUCACGGUGGUGGUGGAAGGUCAGAGUUUCAGAGCCCACCGCUCAGUGCUGGCUUCUUGCAGCGAGUACUUCACCCAGAGGAUCUCCUCCCUCACACAGCAUGGAGCGGUCAUUACUCUGCCACAAGAGGUGACAGCUGCCGCCUUUGAACCCCUGCUGAAGUUUGCCUACACAUCCAAACUUCACUUUGGGAAAGACGAUGUCUUAGACAUACGCAACUCAGCUUCCAUUCUUGGUUUCAGAGACUUAGACGAGGCAUGUUUUGAUUUCCUCCUCCCUAAGUUCUUUUCCAGCACCAAAGGCUCUAGCCCUUUUCCAAGAAAAACCUGUUGUAAGAAGAAAUGCAAGACGCAAUUAUCAAAGGAAGACAGUACUAUAAUCUCUGACAAUGUAAUGUUGGAUGAGAAAGACCCAGUAAAACCAGUUGCUGAUUCACCAUCUCAGCAGGAAGUGGUUUGGCUCUGCAACAAAUCAGUGAACAGCAAAAUAGGAAGUCAGAACAAUGCAGGCACCCUUACACCUGUAGCUGAAGCGACAAAUGACUAUUUCAUGCAGUGUCCAAAGUAUCGAAGGCAGCUGGCAUGCGGAAAGGAAGAGAAAAGACUGAACAAUCCAGUAACAGCCAUCAGGGAUGACUGUGAUCUCUCCUGCUCACCGCCCUCCAGUAGUGCCAACAGUAAGAAUGAAACUGAAUUCCCUGGAAGUUCAAACUCAAGUCCCACCAGACAGAGCAAAGAAGGGGCUGAUGAGCCAUGGAAAACUGAUACACGUGACAAGAAAACAGAGGCUGCCAUUGAUAUGGUUAAAGAGGAAAAAAAUGAAAAGCUCGGAAAAUGGAGUGAGAGGGAAAGUGAUAUGGCUAUCGGGGAAGACAUCAGCCAGACAUCAGCCAGACACCAGCCAGACAGAUUCAAUGUCAAGCUAGUCUCCUCGGGGCUGGGUGAGAGGUCAUCAGGGUUAAUGUUGUACCAUUGCCCCCAAAAGACCUCUAGUGAGGGCCCUGCAAUCAUGGGGUCAAUAGGGCAUGAGAGCUUUGUCAUGGACUUUACAGAGGAUAAGAAAACAAGGGACUCGGGUGUAAUAGCUCCAGUUUUAACUGGUCAAAAAUCAGAGGAACUGGUAGAAACUGAGUGGAAAAAGGCAGAAGAAGACAAAUAUUCUGGCUGGCUAGAAAGAGCCAAAGGAGGAAAAACAGCCAGCACGGAGGGGGAGAAAGCCAGCGAAAGGAGCACCAAGGAAAGGGAGGUGGCCGAGCACUUAGCCCAGGGGCUGGGGUCUGAUUCAAGCUUGUCUCAGCUGAGUUUCCAGGACCCCGAUGCGGGAAGUUCGUCUGAUGCUGGGAGCAAACAGGCGCAAAGCACAUCUUCAGACUGGCUGAACUUCAACAUCAACCUCACUUCCACAAGCACUGGCUGUCCCUUCUUACAGGACCUGGACCAAAGAAAAUGUUUAUGGAAGGGAACAGAGCUGUCUGAAUGCGAGGUGGCAUCUCAGUCAGGUGUGUCGUCCCUCAACUCUGGGGAGGAUGGAGACUCAGAGGCAGAAACAGAAGGAGACAGCGAGUCCUACACGAGAGAGAGGGCCAGACAGGUGCAGUUGCCAUUCUCUGUAGACUGGAUUGUGGAUCUGAGCAGAAAUGACUUCCAGCAACUGCUGAAGCAACAGGUCUUUACACGUGAACAGCUGGAGUUUGUCCAUGACAUGAGGCGACGCAGCAAAAACCGACUCGCAGCUCAGCGAUGCCGCAAGAGGAAACUGGACUGCAUAUACAAUCUACAGUGUGAAAUCAAUAAGCUGAAAACAGAGAGGGAGAAACUGCUCAUGGAGAAGGGCCAGCUGAGCCAGAUGAAGUUGAGAACAUGUCACAGUGUCUCUGCCUUAUGCCAGAGGGUCUGCAACGAAGCCAACCUGCAACCAGAGCAGCUCCAGGUGUUAGCCAAAUACACCUCCCCAGACUGCCCUCUGUCCUCCUUCUUUCCUCACAUAGACGCACUCCUAUCGCAUCCCGGGUUCCCACCACAUCUCCGGGCUUCGCUCUCGGCCUGUUCUGUGGGCCUCGAUGAACAUAUGGCCUCCGAUGAGGGCUCGUCCAGCUCCAGUGGGAAUACAGUGACAGGAGACAGUCAACAUUGACUUUGGAUGCACAUCCAGCACACAUGCUGUAGCUUUUUGUACCCAUGGGAUUCAUCCUGUAUCCAACGACAUUACCACAGACUGAGCAUUGAGUGCAGGUUGCAGAAUAAAGCAGCUGCAUACUUGUGUUACUAUCAUAGUAUGAUACUACAUUUAGAUAGGUAAGAGAAGGCUCUAAUCAGCACAUGUUUCAAUUAACUCCUGCUCCUUUUUUUCUUAUGUUGAGAGGUCACAAACACAUUCCAGGUGUCCAGAACCAGUCUUUGAUGACCUUCUGUAGCGAAUGCUUCCAGCUUUGCAAAUGACUUAUCACAGUUUGUUUCUGGUUAAAGGUUAAAGGUACCCUAUUAUAAAUCAAUGCAUCCAGGCUGCUGUUGAGAAGGAUUUGAGCACUGAGACAAUCACAACUUUAAUCAUAAAUCAAAGGAACAAAGGUCUUGUAACGUCUUUCAUGGUACCUCAGGACACACAUACACAUGUUUUAUUCUUAUGUAUAUAUGAACUGUUUUUGUUGUUUUUAUUUGUUUUUUGAAGAAAACAUUUUUCGAUACAGUUUAAUAAGUUUAAUUAACUAAGCUUCCUCAGGAAAAUGCAGCAUACAAUACCUCUUGCAGACAGUGUUGGUUCAGCCCUCUCCAUGUAGAGUGCAACACAAAACAGCAUUUUGGGCCAAAGGAGACAGACAACUCAACAAAUAGACUUGACACAGUGUGCCAUGUUUACCUUCUGAUGGUAUGUCUGGCUGUCAUAUUUCAGGCUCAGUCAUUGUGGUUGCCUGACCACUGUGACACAGCUCUUCUAGACUGCACACACCUCUCAGAGCUUUGCCUUGAAUCACUAAAGCAGACCUCACAAAUUUGUUUCAAGUGCUGUCCAAAGAGACGGCACAUUAACGCACAUUAGUUAAGCUUUUGUACGUGAACAAAGAGCACUUAUAGCUGCUUCAAACUGUGGAAUGGAAACAAGUCCCACUUUAUGUGUCCUGUCCUGCGUUGUGGCAGGCAUUGGAUUUUUUAUUUUUUUUAUCGCAUUGGAAUAAUAACGUGUUACUCACAACCUGAUUAUCUUGAACACCCUUAUCUAAAUUACUGUCAAGGGUCAGGUGAACAGUGUAGCAGUGUCUCAUUACAGAAUGCAGUACAAGCAGAGUUAUGUCUAUGUUUUGUGUCUCCUGUAUGAACAGCACCAUUAUUUCUAUUUGCUCUGUUCAUCCCAUUCAUUACUCCAUUUUUCUGUAGCUCUCACCUUUAACCUGUUUUCUCCUGCUUAUAGUUGAUAUUUGCGACUCCUCAUUCCUCACGAUUAAGUUUCACUGUAUAAUAUGUGCAUCUAUUUAUUGAUAUGUGCAUGGAUUUAUUUUUUGACUCAUGAUAAUCACCACGGUGCAGCUGUUCUUAAAACGAUAUGUGUAAACUAUGAAAUGAAUAAUGCUGUAAUUACACAUUUAUAAAUCAGGUUUUGAUGCUGAGUAACCACAAUGUAUUUUUAGUGAUGGUUAGUGACACAAGAAUGUUUUUCUGACUUCAGACGGCACAGUGAGUAAAAAGGACAGCAUGGUAACACUGGUGCUUAUAUUGCCCUCUAGUGACAGUGUAUGUUAAUAGAGCUGUAUAGAUUUCUACCGUGUGCUGCACAAACUGCUUUUCUACCGCCUUCCUUUAUUUUCAGUGCACAAAAUUCACUGUAUCUUUCGAUGACAAUGUCCAAAUGGAUGCUUGUUGAUUUUUUUUAAGUAAAAGUGAAACAAAACAGUAAAUCUUUCUCAACAUAUAAAGAUGAUUGUAGUAGUAUUAUUGAAAAACCAUCAGUAAGGUUAAUGAGAUGUAAAAUCUGCCAGUGUUCAGUGUGAGUGAUAAAUUGUGGAGCUCA